GCUCAGGACGCCCCUCUCUCACACACACUCUGCCCACAAAAGCCAACCUAGCUCUAUCUUCACCGCUUUUAUACCAUGGAAAUGUUUCAUAAUAAGUGACGGUAAGAGUGCUGGCUUUAUUUUAACUUUCUUUUUUUGAAAUGUAUGACCGUCUGGAUCCCCGCUCGGCCGAGAGAGGACGGCUUUUUGUGGGUAUAAUACAAGGAAGCGUCGUCUGAGAGAGGGAGAGAGAGGGGGAAGGAUUGACGCUUUUUCCUCCUCUCCUCCUCCUUCUUCCUUUCGCCCCCCUCUCCUCCUCUUUUUGGCGGAGAGAGGGGUUGAGGCAGGAAUAAACGCUUUUUUUGUUUUUCUUUCUUUUUUGCCCCCUUUUUUAAAUGCAUUUGAAUCCGACUGCGCAACCAGACCGGAUCACGUGGGGUUGGAGAGAGUUGGAUCGAUUUUGCACAGUUCAAUGUGAGAAAAAGAGAAAGAAAGACACAACUCCUGUUUCUUUUUAUUCCACUUCUUUGGAUAAGUUGGACUGUUGAUACUUUUACAGAAUUUGAGGAGAAGGGGGUGUUUGACUGGCCUCUUUUUUCAGCCUUGGAGGUGUGGAGUAUUGAGUCUUAUAUGCCUGGGGUUUGAAAAACAAUGGAGACGCACAUUUCGUGCCUCUUCCCAGAAAUUUUGGCCAUGAUUUUCAGCUAUCUGGACGUGAGGGACAAAGGCAGGGUAGCCCAAGUGUGUAUAGCUUGGAGGGAUGCAUCCUACCACAAGUCAGUGUGGAGGGGGGUGGAGGCCAAGCUGCACCUCCGCCGGGCCAAUCCCUCCUUGUUCCCCAGCCUCCAGGCCAGGGGCAUCCGGAGGGUCCAGAUCUUAUCCCUGCGCCGCAGUUUGAGCUACGUGAUCCAGGGGAUGCCCAACAUCGAGUCCCUCAAUCUGUCUGGCUGCUACAACCUCACUGACAACGGGCUGGGUCAUGCAUUUGUGCAGGAGAUCCCAUCACUGAGGGUUUUGAACCUGAGUCUCUGCAAGCAGAUCACAGACUCCAGUCUGGGCAGGAUAGCUCAGUAUCUGAAGAACCUGGAGGUGCUGGAGCUCGGCGGCUGCAGCAACAUCACCAACACUGGGCUCCUGUUGAUAGCUUGGGGCCUCCACAGGCUCAAGAGCCUCAACCUGAGGUCCUGCCGGCAUGUCUCGGACGUGGGGAUUGGACAUUUGGCGGGCAUGACUCGCAGUGCAGCAGAGGGCUGCUUGAACUUGGAGUACCUGACCCUACAAGACUGUCAGAAACUCACAGACCUGUCACUCAAACACAUUUCCAAGGGGCUGACCAAGCUGCGGGUGCUGAACCUCAGCUUCUGCGGGGGGAUCUCGGACGCAGGGAUGAUCCACCUCUCCCACAUGGCCUCCCUGUGGAGCCUCAACCUACGCUCCUGUGACAACAUCAGCGACACAGGGACCAUGCACCUCGCCAUGGGCACCCUGAGGCUCUCAGGGCUGGACGUUUCGUUCUGCGACAAGAUUGGGGACCAGACGUUGGCGUACAUCGCCCAGGGGCUGUACCAGCUCAAGUCCCUGUCUCUGUGCUCGUGUCACAUCUCGGACGACGGGAUAAACCGCAUGGUGAGGCAGAUGCACGAGCUGAGGACCCUGAACAUUGGACAGUGUGUGCGCAUCACGGACAAAGGGCUGGAGCUCAUAGCUGACCACCUGACCCAGCUGGCGGGCAUCGACCUGUAUGGAUGUACCAAGAUCACCAAGAGGGGACUGGAGAGGAUCACGCAGCUCCCCUGCCUUAAAGUGUUGAACCUGGGACUCUGGCAGAUGACAGAGAGUGAGAAAGUGAGGUGAUUGGGAGUGAUUUGUUGUGUUCUCUUUUUUAGGUUCUUUUUGUUUUAGUAUGGGAAGGGGCAUGAGUAGAUGGGCAGGGGAAAACCUCCCUUUCCUUCUGCUAUGUGCUUGUGUGACAAGAAUUUUAUGUUCAAAUGUUAAAUUUUUCUUUCAGUCGGCCUUGCAGGAUUUAAAUUAGUGUUUGAUAUGACUAAAUAUUCUGCCUGGUAGCAAGCAAUUAAAUCUUACUUUUUAUGAACUCA